AACCUCCUAUUCCACUCCAGGAGCUGUUUGUUGACCAUUGGAAAGGCAUCACCAGCUAUUACAUCCUGACCACAGACGAGACAGUGCCUGUGAAGCAGACAGACAUCCCAUGGCGCCUGAGGCAGAUGCUGGAUAUUUUGGUGUAUGAAGAGAAGCAGCGAGACACACAGGAGACAGGACCAUGUCUGGAGUAUCUGCUACAGCACAAGAUCCUAGAGACACUGUGUACCUUGGGCAAGGCCGGGUACCCCCCUGGGAUGAAGCAGCAGGUGCUGAUCCUCAUGACCCAGCUCCUGAGCCAGAUUCAACAGCCACUACUGCCCCAUGUCAAUGUGCACCGGCCUGUACAGAAGCUGAUACGGCUGUGUGGUCAGCCUCUGGACUCAGACACAGAGAAAGAGGAAGUACAGUUUCUCAUCACAGUGUGUUUGAAACUCACGCAGGACCCUUACCUCAUCACCUUCUUCAUCGAGAAGGACUCAAACACUUCAAACAGCCCCUUGCCUUGUUCAUCAGCUCAGCCACAUGUCCGUGAGGAGACAGCCUUAGCUCUGCGCUCAGAGGGCAGUCAGUCAGGGUCUGACACUGACCCUGAGCGGGGAUCCGGGAGUCAAUCAGGGGUCAGCCCCCCAGUGACUCCAGCCGCCAAUGCACGUCCCUGUCCCACAGCUCAGUGUCAGACUGAGAGUAACUUGGUUCGUGCCUUACUGACUCUGAACCAGAGUGAGAAACGCUGCUCUGCAUUGAAGGCGCGUGAGGCCUUGCUGUUGCUGGUGGCGGUGCCUGAGGAGUCUGGCGUGAGGUGGAUGGCUGGGAGCAAGGCCCUGAGACACACACUGACAGCAAGGCUGGCUGAGCUGUACCAGCUGAUCCCAGACUCCAUCAAUCCUGGGGAUGUGGAGUCACUUACACCAGUCAGCUGGCGCUCUCACUGUGCCAGCGGUCAGUCUGAGGAGACCCUGCUCUGCCCAGCGAAAGAGGCUGUGAUUAGCUUCCUGUCGUGGCUGGAUUACUGCGACCAGAUGGUGAAGGCAGCUCAGCCAAUCACUGCUGUUGCUGUGGCAAAGGCGAUCCGAGAUCAAUUCUUUGUCAGCGUGUUGGAGCCAGAGCUGUCGCACGUGUGUGAGGUGAGGAUCUUGAACUCCACAACGCUGCUUCUGACGAUUGUACAGCAGGUGUCCUCGCCAAGGUUACUGAAGGAGCUCGUGUGUUUCCUGCUUGGAGAGGGAGGGGAGAGCGAGGCUGAGACGUCAGGCCAGCUAGCCAGUCACCCCCUCCUCUCCCACCUCAUACAGCAUUGCAACCAUCUGUCUGACGAGAUCAGUGUGGUGACCCUGCGGGUGUUUGAGCAGUUACUCAGGAAGCCUGAGCCGCAGGUGGUGUCCAGGCUGGUACUGUGGGACCUGAGGGACAGAGGGUAUCGGGCCCCCAGCACUGGGCAGGACGAGGGCAGCAAUGCUGAGAGCAGCCAGCCCCCCGAGACAGAGGAUCUGGACGAGGACCCAUUUUUCACAGACAUGUACAUGGGGAGCAUGUACCCCGCCUCUGACUGGCUUGCGGCCCCCACCACAACAACACUGCCAGCCGCCAGGGAGUCCGGCAACCCCCAGGUCAACAGGGUGGUCAAUAGCUUUCUGUGCCUGGUUCCCGACACAGUAAAAACCUCCCACUUGGUGCCAGGAGCUGGAUAUGACACGUACCUACAGGAUGCUCACCGGCUGUUCCAGGGCUGCUGUGUAAACGCAGUGCAGUGGAAAUGGCCUCUGGCUCCCAAGUCGUUGGAGAGCUGUGAGCGGAGCUGGACGUUUUACGAGGGCCAUUUCCUGGCUGUGCUGUUUGACCGGAUGGCAGGGCUCCUGGAUCAGCCCUAUGAUCUGAACCUACAGCUGACCUCAGUGCUGUCCAGGCUGGCGCUGUUCCCCCACCCUCACCUGGACGAGUACCUGCUGGACCCCUACCUCAGUCUGACCCCCGGCAGCCGCUCGCUUUUCUCUGUCCUCAUCCGCGUGAUUGGGGAGCUGAUGCAGAGAGUACAGCGCGUCCCACACUUCGCCUCUAAACUGCUGUUUGUCAGGAAACAGUUGAUGGGUCUGGAGCCAGAGGAACCUGUGGAUCACGUGACGUUGCUGAGAGCAGUGAUCGUGUUGGAGGAAUUUUGUAAGGAAUUAGCCGCAGUUUCCUUCGUCAAGCACCCUGCCGAGCCCGACCAGCGCAGCACCCCCUUCGGAAAAGGGGUUUGGGGUUAGAAAGAGGUUUGGAAAAAGGGGAACAGAAACACUAUAGCGAUACUGGAAUCCCCCCUUCCUUCCUAGCCCCCCCCCCCCAGCCCCCUCCGUGACCCCACUCCCCCCUCACUAAGCCUGCAGGACAGUAAGUGAACGAAACAUGGCCAUCCCAUCCCAUGUGCGAUUUUAUGGCAUGUGCUGCUCUCGGUUUUAUACUGUCUCCUUUUAUUGGCCUCCACUCCCCCCACCCACACGGGAUCUCUCGCUGUGAUAUCAUUUAAAACGGGGAGUGGGGGUUAGGGUUUGCCCAUUGAUGUGGUUUGAGCCACAAGGAAUUUAGCACUUGGAAUCACGGUUAAUUAUUUGAUUAAUUAUUUUAUUGCACACUUAAUGCGACACUUAAUUUCCGAUCAAUUCUCACUAGGUACUUACACUGAUCUGGAGGUGGGGGCUUCUACUGAUCAGUGAAAUUAAUCUGUUGUGUUUUUAUUCCUUUCUCUCUCCUCCACUCCCCCCCACCCCCACCAGCUGGUUUAACUGUACAGGGGGGCUCUUACACUAGGAUGAGAGAGAGAGGGGAGGGGUGUGGAAGAGAGAGCGAGGGAGAGGGGG